AUUGGCCCAGGGUUCCCCGGCCCGAUCUUCGCGCUCGGAGGCGGAAGUCGCCCAGCCGCUUGUACGCCCUCCUAGCCUGGGGUUUUGCUGCCCCGGGAGCCACCAUCAUGGUGCGGAAGCUUAAGUUCCACGAGCAGAAGCUGCUGAAGCAGGUGGAUUUCCUGAACUGGGAGGUCACUGACCACAACCUGCACGAGCUGCGCGUGUUGCGGCGUUAUCGGCUGCAGCGGCGGGAGGACUACACGCGCUACAACCAGCUGAGCCGGGCCGUGCGCGAGCUGGCGCGGCGCCUGCGCGACCUACCCGAGCGCGACCCGUUUCGCGUGCGCGCCUCGGCCGCAUUGCUGAACAAGUUGUACGCUCUCGGCCUGGUGCCCACGCGCGGCUCGCUCGAGCUCUGCGACUUCGUCACGGCCUCGUCCUUCUGCCGCCGCCGACUGCCCACCGUGCUCCUGAAGCUGCGUAUGGCGCAGCACCUCCAGGCCGCCGUGGCCUUCGUGGAGCAGGGCCACGUGCGCGUGGGCCCCGACGUGGUCACCGACCCCGCCUUCCUUGUCACGCGCAGCAUGGAGGACUUCGUCACCUGGGUUGACUCGUCCAAGAUCAAGCGCCACGUGCUGGAGUACAAUGAGGAGCGCGAUGACUUCGAUCUGGAGGCCUAGCGGGUCGUCCCAGCCACGGAUGUAUUUCAUAGAUGCGAAAGCUGAGACCUGGUGUUUGAGAUUCUGAGAGGGCGCUCUCCCCAGAGUGUGUCAGCCAGGCGUUGGUUCUUAAGAACUUGGCCCCUCAGCCGCAGGUCACGCAAAGGGUACGGCCGUUUUCCAUGAACUUUUGUUGGUCCUGGGACUAUGGAUAAUUAAAUGACUGAUUUAAGAGACACUGGGAAGCAGUUUUGUGCUGCACUACGGAAUUGUUAGAUUAUGUGCCUGAAACAUUGUAGUGUGAAGGAACUUUGCUCCCCACCCCUUCCCCUUAGCUUUCCCUUUAUUAUCUUAUAGCAGGAUGGUUUGGUUCAGUCUAUUUAAUUCGAAUACUUGCUCUGGUUUUGUGAUUACGCUAGGUACAGACGAUGGAGAAUUUUGGUCUCAAGUUUUCAUAAAAUGGGUGAGACUGUAGUGCUGUGGCUGCCCUCCCAUGCCUAAAGGAAGACUUCCUAAUGCCAAUAAAUGGUCCAGCUGCUUUGUGCAAAUUUUUGUCUGUCUGGUUU